UUCUUUCAUGAUUUUAAAAAUUUUCUUGUUAUUUUAAAUACCCUUGCUUGCUUGAACAAAUGCUUCCUAUUAUUUUCGUUCCCCAUUGUCUAUUAAUAAGGUAACACUUAAAGAAAAGCUUUUAGAUUAAUACAAAUCCAACAAAACAAAACAACUCAUAUUUAUACAUAUAUUCAGGAAAAAAAAUUGUAGAUCCAUAAUUAAAUAAAAUAAGCAAGUCUCUGGUAAAUAAAACUAAUGAAACCUAUUUAUUUUAACGGUGAAUAUCUUCAAAUAUGAGUUAUUUAUAAAAUCUGAUGUUAUGGUUGAAAUAUUGGGUUGAAAAAGUCAACAAACACCACAUCAAUUAAUGUGUGAUGAAUUAUUAUUGCUACCAUCAAUUAAUCUAUGAAAGAUAUAUUAGAUGAGCAUAGUAUGGAGUUAGUAAUACAAAACAAUGGUUGUAAUAUAUUGGUCAAUAAUGAAUACUAGUUUUGUUUGUGGCUAGAAAAUUAUGUAUCCUUAAAAUAGCAGGUUCUCCUUCACAUAGAUCCUGGUCAACCGAUCUAGUCUAGCCAUAUGAACAAAUACAAGAGUCUCUAAAAGAAAAUGGUAUGAUGCCACGUGUACCCUUGAAAGUGGGGUAAGUGAAGUUCAGUUAGCCAAUGAAAACCCUCUAUAAAUAUCAACCAAAUGCAGAAUAUUAUUACCUUCAUCUCAACCCAUACAAUUCUUGCUUUUCCAAUUUCACUUGAUUGUUAAUUAAUUUAUAUAUUGUUGAAGGAAUUAUGGACUCCAACAGGGCAGCUUUCAAUGCUGGACAGGCCAAGGGCCAAGUUCAGGAAAAGUGUGAGAACAUGAUAGACAGGGCUUGCGAUUCUGCUCAGUCUGCUAAGGAAUCCAUGCAAGAGACUGGUCAGCAGAUGAAGGCAAAGGCCCAAGGAGCUGCUGAAGCUGUGAAGGAUGCAACUGGGAUGAACAAAUAAAUUCAGAUGCUAUUUAUUAUUGGUUUAUGA